AUGACAGCCCCCACCUGCGCUCUCCCAUCCUGCAACAACCCGGGCAGCAAAAAGUGCUCCGGGUGCAAGAACACCUCUACCCAUUACUGCUCAGCCACAUGCCAAAAGUCCCACUGGAAGGAGCACAAAAAGACAUGCGAGAGCGCCGUCAAGGCAAACUGCUGGGUGAUCCGGCCCAAUCCCAUCUUGCCCGACGCUGACCCCGCCGACGACGCCAGCUACAUCGAGCCCCUCCCGCUCACCUCCUACGGCGAUUGGGGCGCCGAAAUGCUCGAGCUGGAGUCAAAGCUCACGAACUUCAGUCCCGACGAGGCAGGAAAGUUCUACUCGCACCAGGACGGCGUCGAUACGUGGUACUACUACGCCUACGGCGGGACGGGCCCAGGACCCGAGAAUAAGCUUGCGAGUCGGCUUAUUGGGCGCAAGCAGAAGGGCGAUGUUGCGAUUGUGAGAUCGGGACCGGCGGACUCGAAUGAUUACCCGCAUAAGUUCGGGAAGGCGGAUCUGGUCGCGACGGCCAAGUUCUACCGCACUAAUAGUCCCGCUCAAGUCUUCCAGGAACGGGAGCAGUCGCGGGUGUUUAGGAAGAUGGGGCUUGGACCGUCUGCUAUGCGUCAGUCAAGUGAAACUGCGGCUAUGCAGGCGAAGCUGAGUGAGUUGGGCGAGAAGUAUGGGUUCCGGUCGAACUAG